CUUUUUUUUUUUUUUUGUUCUGCACUGGAUCUGUUUGCUGGCUGCUUGCUUAGUCUCAAGCCAUUCCCAGAGCCUUGUGAAUCGGAGCUUCUCAAAUGUUAGGAGCUGAAACUGUAUCACACUUAAGGCCUCACUGUCAACCAGGGAAAUACAGAUUGGAUUCACAUCAGCAGAGUGAAAGGCAGAGGAAAAAGCUUUCAUUUAAGAAAUUUUGAGCUAAUCAUAGCUCCUUUUUCUGCUGUUUCUCCAGCAGUUUUUUUUUUUUAUUUGGCAGUAAGAGAAAGCCAGAAUAAAGACUGUUCUUCAUUCUAGUUCCACUAAUAGCUUGACAUGGAGCACUGUAUUCAAACUGCGGAAAUGUGUGGACUUCAAGAGAAAUCUGCUGCCUGAUAAAGCACUAUCUGCGCAGAUAACUAAAGCAUGCAACAGAGCUGCAGAGCUUUGCUUUCAUACUUCAUGCUGUGCAUUGAGCUGCAUUGGAGUUCCUAUUACAAGUUUGCCUGCCUUCUACUUUGCUUGAUUGUUUGACUGAAUCUGCCUUUCCUAAAAAAAGAAAAUCAAUUUUACUGUUUUCAAAAAGGCAAGAAGAUCAAUAAUGAAGAUCGUUAACAUUAGCAAGGCUGGAAUUGUAUAACUACAAAUCUCAUUAUUACUUUUCUGGAAAAUCUCUGAGAAGUACAAUGGCAUCUUCUGUUUGGAAGCUACCGAUUCUGUGGUGUCUGAUUUUUGCAGCGGCUCACUUGCAGUGUACAGAAGGGUUCAGCCGAGCAGCACUGCCAUUUGGUCUGGUAAGGAGAGAGCUGUCUUGUGAGGGAUAUCCUAUCGAUCUGCGCUGUCCAGGAAGUGAUGUCAUCAUGAUUGAAAGCGCUAACUAUGGCCGGACAGAUGACAAGAUCUGUGAUGCCGAUCCCUUUCAGAUGGAAAAUGUCAACUGCUACCUCCCAGAUGCCUACAAAAUCAUGUCACACAGGUGCAACAAUCGAACACAGUGUGUUGUGAUUACUGGGUCUGAUGUGUUUCCUGACCCUUGUCCUGGGACUUACAAAUACCUAGAAGUCCAGUAUGAAUGUGUUCCCUACAAAGUGGAGCAAAAAGUUUUUGUUUGCCCUGGGACUCUGAAAGCAGUUGGGGAUUCUUCCUUUGUCUUUGAGGCGGAACAGCAAGCAGGUGCCUGGUGUAAAGACCCCCUUCAGGCAGGGGACAAAAUCUACUUCAUGCCCUGGACCCCAUACCGCACUGACACUCUGAUAGAGUACGCUUCACUGGACGACUUCCAAAGCGCACGUCAAACAACAACGUACAAGCUCCCUCAUCGUGUCGAUGGCACUGGGUUUGUGGUGUACGAUGGUGCUGUAUUUUUCAACAAAGAGAGGACCAGAAACAUUGUAAAGUUUGACCUGAGGACUAGAAUCAAAAGCGGGGAAGCAAUCAUCAAUAAUGCCAACUACCAUGACACCUCGCCCUACAAAUGGGGAGGCAAAACUGACAUUGACCUGGCGGUAGAUGAGAAUGGUUUGUGGGUCAUUUAUGCCACCGAGCAGAACAAUGGAAUGAUUGUCAUUAGCCAGUUGAACCCUUACACUCUCCGCUUUGAAGCAACCUGGGAAACCAAUUAUGACAAGCGGUCGGCGUCCAAUGCUUUCAUGAUCUGUGGAGUUCUUUAUGUCGUUCGAUCCACUUAUGAAGACAAUGAGAGUGAAGUGAGCAAAAACCUAGUUGAUUAUAUUUACAAUACCAAACAAACCAGGGGGGAGUAUGUGGAUAUUCCCUUCCCCAACCAAUACCAGUACAUUGCUGCAGUGGAUUAUAACCCAAGAGACAACCAGCUAUACGUGUGGAAUAAUUAUUACAUACUGAGGUAUACCAUGGAGUUUGGACCACCUGACCCAGCCCAAGUGCCAACGACUGCAGUUUCAACCAGUUCUCCGGCAGAACCGCCCAAAACCACAGUUUCCACCACAACUGUCACGUUACAAAAAGGCCUCGUUACCUCCGGAGGCAUGAAGGAAGGAAGCAGAGGGCCUAAACCACAACCAGGGGUUCCUGUUACAAAAGCACCCCCAACCCCCGACUCCUUCCCCUUACCAGAAAGGUUCUGUGACAGUGCAGAGAAAAGGGGUAUCGCCUGGCCUCAAACACAAAGAGGCAUGUUAGUUGAAAGGCCAUGUCCCAAGGGAACAAGAGGCACGGCCUCGUAUCUUUGUAUGCUUUCUACUGGAACGUGGAGCCCCAAGGGCCCUGAUCUUAGCAACUGCACCUCACACUGGGUGAAUCAAGUUGCACAGAAGAUCAGAAGUGGAGAAAAUGCUGCUAACCUUGCAAAUGAGCUGGCCAAGCAUACCAAAGGCCCCAUCUUUGCUGGAGACGUGAGUUCAUCAGUGAGAUUGAUGGAACAGCUGGUUGACAUCUUAGACGCUCAGCUUCAAGAGCUGAGGCCUAGCGAAAAGGACUCGGCAGGCCGAAGUUUUAACAAGCUUCAGAAACGAGAAAGGACAUGCAGAGCAUACAUGAAGGCUAUUGUGGACACAGUUGACAACUUACUGAGACCGGAGGCUUUGAAAUCCUGGGAGGAUAUGAACUCGACAGAGCAAACCCACGCAGCAACGAUGUUACUUGAUACCCUGGAAGAGGGAGCUUUCGUCCUGGCAGACAAUCUAAUUGAACCGGCUGUAGUGAAAGUACCCGCUGAGAAUAUAAUUCUGGACGUUUAUGUACUCAGUACAGAUGGUGUACAAGUGGAGGACUUCAGAUUUCCCCAGCCAUGCAAGGGAGGGAUCUCCAUUCAGCUGUCUGCCAACACUGUCAAACUAAAUAGUCGCAAUGGUGUGGCCAAAUUGGUAUUCAUUCUCUACAAACAGUUGGGCAGGUUCCUCAGCACAGAAAAUGCAACUAUUAAAUUUGGAAAUGAAGUUAAUGGCCGAAACAAUUCUGUUGCUGUCAAUUCUGACAUCAUCUCAGCCUCUAUCAACAAGGAGUCGAACCGCGUGUUCCUGUCAGAACCUGUGCAUUUUACCCUGGAGCAUAUCGAUGCUGAAAAGUACUUCAACUCAAACUGCUCGUUCUGGAACUAUUCUGAAAGGAGCAUGAUGGGACACUGGUCCACUCAGGGAUGCAGACUGGUAGAAGCCAAUAAAACGCACACAACCUGCGCAUGUAGCCACCUGACCAAUUUUGCAAUUCUUAUGGCUCACAAGGAAGUAGCGCACACAGAUGGAGUGCACGAGUUACUUCUCGAUGUCAUCACCAAGGUGGGGAUUGUUGUCUCGCUCAUUUGCUUGGCCAUCUGCAUCUUUACGUUCUGCUUCUUCCGUGGCCUGCAGAGCGAUCGGAACACCAUCCACAAAAACCUCUGCAUCAAUCUCUUCAUUGCCGAGUUCAUUUUCCUAAUUGGCAUCGAUAUGACAGAACCUAAGAUUGGCUGUUCAAUAAUUGCAGGCCUUUUGCACUUUUUCUUCCUUGCCGCUAUUGCUUGGAUGUGCCUGGAAGGGGUUCAGCUCUAUCUAAUGUUGAUCGAGGUUUUCGAAAGUGAAUACUCUCGGAAAAAGUACUAUUACUUUUCUGGCUACCUCAUUCCAGCCAUUGUGGUGGGUGUAGCUGCAGCUGUCGACUAUAAUGGCUAUGGAACAGAGAAAUACUGCUGGCUAAGGUUGAAUACACACUUUGUUUGGAGUUUUAUAGGACCUUGCACUUGUAUGAUUAUGCUAAAUCUUAUCUUCCUGGUUAUUACAAUGUAUAAAAUGGUGAAGCACUCUACAUCCUUGAAACCAGACUCCAGCAGGUUGGAAAAUAUUAAAUCCUGGGCCCUUGGUGCUUUUGGCCUUAUUUGCCUUCUUGGAUUGACCUGGUCAUUUGGGUUGCUGUAUAUCAAUGAGUCCACUGUUGUGAUGGCUUACCUCUUUACAAUAUUCAAUGCAUUUCAGGGGAUGUUUCUCUUACUGUUCCUCUGUAUCCUCCAGAAGAAAGUUCGUAAAGAGUACAGCAGAUGUUUCCGACACACGUACUGUUGUGGUGGACUACCAACCGAGAACUCGCACAGCGCAGUGAAGGCAUCGACAACAAGGACUAGUGCUCGUUAUUCCUCUGGCACUCAGGUAAAGAAAAUUGACAGGCUUUUUUUAAAAUUCUAUUUCUUUACAGGAAGGCAUGUUGAGACCAAUGUAAACAAUCUGCAGACACAUACUGUUUGUACAAAAUCACCAAGAAAGUUAAUGGAUGUCCUGUUAAAUAUUCUGUUUCAUGAACAGAGCCGAAUUAGGAGGAUGUGGAAUGACACUGUUAGAAAACAAUCAGAGUCUUCUUUUAUCACGGGUGACAUCAACAGCACUUCAACCCUUAACCAAGGGAUGACGGGCAAUUACCUACUAACAAACCCUCUUCUUCGACCUCACGGCACUAACAACCCUUAUAACACCUUACUUGCUGAAAAGAUUGUUUGUAAUGCCCCUUCAGCUCCCGUCUUUAACUCACCAGUGACCUACAGAGAGACAAGACACUCCCUGAACAAGGCCAGGGAUGCAAGUGCAAUGGAUACUCUACCGCUAAAUGGUAACUUUAACAAUAGCUACUCACUUCGCAAUGGGGACUACAGUGACAGCGUGCAGGUCAUGGAUUGUGGACUCAGCCUUGACGACGCAGCCUUUGAAAAGAUGAUCAUUUCUGAACUGGUGCACAAUAACCUUCGGGCCUGCAACAAGAACCAUAACAUUGAGAGAACUCCUUCAGCCAAAGUAACCGUGGGCGGGAGCAGCAGCGAAGAUGACGCCAUCGUGGCAGACGCUUCAUCUUUGGUGCUCAGCGACAACCCAGGACUAGAGCUACACCACACAGAGCUGGAGGCCCCACUAAUCCCCCAACGGACUCACUCGCUUUUGUAUCACCCUCAGAAGAAAGUGAAGACCGAGGGAACAGACAGCUAUGUUUCACAGCUAACAGCAGAGGCUGAGGACACCCUGCAUUCCCCAAACAGAGACUCCCUUUAUACUAGUAUGCCUAACAUAAGAGACUCUCCAUACCCAGAGAGCAGCCCCGACAUGGAGGAAGAUCUGUCUCUUUCAAAGAGGAGUGACGACGACGAUGUUUACUACAAAAGCAUGCCCAAUCUCGGACCUGGGAAUCAGCUUCAGGCGUACUAUCAAAUCAGCAGAGGUAACAGUGAUGGAUAUAUUAUUCCCAUUAACAAAGAAGACUGUAUCCCAGAAGGAGAUGUGAGAGAAGGACAAAUGCAGCUGGUGACAAGUCUUUAAAUGUGUUUUUAAAACUCUUGAUGCAGGUAUUAGGAAAUUUGAACAGACCUGCUUCCCUUUUAUGUCUAUGGACAGACGGACGCUGCGGUCUGAUUUGAAUAUCUGCAUUUUUUUUUUUUUUUUUUGGUGAAAUUUUAUGAUGAACUAUCUAUAUAAUAUGCAGAAUAUAGUAAUACAAAGAAUUGUCAAAGACAAACCAACAAUGUAUUUCUGUGCUGCUGCUGCUGAACAAUUUGAGAAUAACUGGCAAUUCCAAUUCAGCAGUUUUUGAACUGAGGUUGUACAUACAUUUGCAUUAUUUCUUGUAAUAGCCCAUGUUGUAUUAUGUACACAUGCAGGUGCUAGGACCCAGUGUGGAGUGAUUUGAACUGUCUUGAGAUAUUCCUGACAAGAAUUUCUGAAAUCCGGAAUAGAAAGGUCCUGGAUCAUUUGGUAGUUACAAGUAAUGUCCAUCAAGGUUGAAGAUUGGGAAUGUAUGACCACUAGCAAUCAAGCCACAGGCCUUAUAUUUUCUCAAUUGUACAUUGAACUGUUCUCAAGAAUAACGGCUAAAGAAAAUAUAUUUUGUUGUAUUGCUAGUGUAAAAUAAAAUUAAUUCAUGACAACCAUAAAUACAAAAAAAUUAAAAAAUUAAGACUAUUGUGUAAAAGUUGCACAUAUGUUAUAAAAUGUGUUUAUUCUUCUUACACUUUGUUCGUUGUAGUAUGUUUGAAAAAAAAAAAAGAUCAACCCAUGUUCACUUUUUCCACUUGUAAACAGUGUUUUGCUUACAUAUAAAUUAUAAAUAUUGUCCUUUUAAAAAUCAAUUUUGCAUUGCCAAAUGAACUUAGUCUAAGGGGAGAAGUGCCCCAUAUUGAAGCCAAUAAUGCCAUGCCUUGCACAAUUUGGGGUAAAUUAGGCAAUACUGUAAUUUGUUUUACUGUAAAAUACUUGACAAAAGAAAAUGGGCAACCGGCAGUUGAAACAAACUCUUCAAUAUCGGUAUGUUUUCAUCCUUUUUUUUUUAUUUUUAAAGUCAUGGGUAUUACGAUACCAUAUUUCAGAUUCCUACAUUUGGAAACUAAUUUAUUUCUGUCUUAAAAAAAAAAAAAAAAAAAGGUCUAACAAGGUGUGUAAAUUCUUUCAGCACUGGUAUGCUUCAUUCAUUAUUUUGUGUAAACCUGUUAAUAGAGCCCAUCACUAAUAACUGAUGUAAAGUUUAACACUUGUUUGACAGUAAAUAAAUGUGAGAUUUUUUCAAAUA